UCCGUGCUCUGUGAUAUGAUAUGUUUAUAGAUCUUAAAGUCUCCAGAUAGGAGUUUUUAGGCUUUAAAGGCCAAAUUACCCUUUAGAACUAGAACUUUAGAGCUAGAACUCCUGAUAACCUUUUCUCAAAACAACAACUGGGAAAGGUCCAAUUUCCUAAUCCAGAUUUCCCUGCAACCUAAUACUUUAUAGGGAGGGGGCUGAAAUGAGGGUAUCAGCAGGCGGGCAGAGAGUUAUACCCCUCCCCCCAUCAUGACUUCUGUCCAAAUCACCCUCCCCUGUUUGGAAAUAGGGUGGAUUAAUUUAAAUCACCAAGAGAAAAAGAAAAGGCACCAUGAUUAUUAUUUUUAAAUCAAUGUCUCUCUGGAGACUUUGUACAUAAAAUUUCAUUGGUUGCUGUACUAAUUGGUUGCUGUAAUCGUAGACAUGUGUUGACUUAAGACUGAAUAGUGCCCUUUUGUGAUCUUAGGAGGCUUACUAUACAUUUCUUAAUAUUUAACUUAACUGUUUACAUAUUAAAUGGUAACUUAAACAUUUAACUGUACAGUUUUGGAUGCUGCAUCUCAAAAAUGAUGUUGUGGAACUGGAAAAGGUGCAGAAGAGAGAAACAAAAGUUUAGUUGGAUGGAACACCUUUCUUACUAGGAAUUGGUGAUAUUACUAUGCCACCUUUGGCCCAUCAUCUUUGUUCAUGGAGAAGCUGCUGCCAGUCUGUGUAGACAAUACUGAGUUAAAUGUACUGAUGGUCUGACUCAGUAUAUGGCAGCUUCCUAUGUUCCUAUGGAAGGCUAUAAGGGGGCCUUUUUAAUUUAGAAAGAAGGCAACUGGUGAGAGGGACAUGAUUGAGACUUAUAAAAUUAUAUAUGGGCUGGAGAAAGUGCAUAGAGAUGAGUUUUUCUCCCUCUUUCACAAUGUUAGAAUUAGGGAGAAUUCAAUGAAACUAAUUGGCAGCAGAUUUAGGAUGGCCAAAAAGAGUGCUUCUUUACACAGCACAGAAUAGAUCUGUGGAACUUAGUGCCACAGGAUGUGGCAAAGGGCCCUUUAGAUGGCUUAAAAGGGGACUAGACAAAUUCAUGGAGGACAAACCAAUGGCUGCUAGUCACGAUGGUUGCAUGCUAUCUGCAGUUUCAGAGGCUGGUUGCCUCUGAAUAUUAGUUGCUAGGAAGCAGCGGUGAGAAAUGGGGGCAUGCCUUAAUCUCCUAGCUCUUAUAUUUAGAAGGAGGAGAGAAACUGUCCCUGUUCAGCCCAGCACGGCAUCUCCCCCAUGGCUGUUGCUAGUGUGGUGUGUGUGUGUGUGUGUGUGUGUGCACGUGCACAUUUUAGACUGUGAACUCAUUUUGAGACAGGGAACCAUCUUCAAGCCCUGUUGUGGUGCACAGUUUGGGAAUCAUCUCUACUAGCUGAGCGAAGGGGCACCUUUUAAAAGUGGUGAUUCUCUUCUGUUUAGCAGAGAGAGAGUAACCAUCCUUAUUCAUCCCAGCACAGUGUCCCUCCGAGUGACUGUGGCUAAUGUUUUUCUUGUGUACACAUAUAUAUGCGAAAACACAAAUUUGAGUGUUACAGUCAGGGUUACGGGCUAUUCCAGUUGCUGGCCCACAUCCACACUAAGUUACUCAUAACUCAUAAGAAUCUUUCUGAAAUUAAUGAGCCUAUUGAUUUCAAUAGGAGUACUGAGUGCUAAUUUUCUGAAGCCUGUCAAUCAGGCUGAGGGGCGGGGCAUGCUGAGCUUCAGUAGGUAGCCAGCCAAUCAGGAGCCAAGGAAGAAGAUCUUCACCUUCCCUUUUGCAGCAGACACAUUGCUGAGGAUGCAUUGGCUUCAAACAGAUAUCCACAGAUGGGGAACAAAUAGCACGGCUGCAGCAUGGGAAGGCAGAUGGGCUCUGAGAACCCCAGGAGCAUUUCAAUAUCCCCUGUUGGGAAUCCCUGGGCUAAGAGAUAGUGCCUGGCCCAAAAUCACCCAAGUCAACAUAAUGUCUGAGGAGGGAUUUGAAUAUAAAUCACCUCAAUCCUAUUCCAACACUCUAACCAUAGUGGCUCUCUCAGCCCUCUUGGAGUGCAAAUUCAAAGAUGAUUGAGUCUGUUCCAUGACUUACACAAAAUUCCACCCACAAUUAUUUUUUACAAAGAAAAACAGACUCUUUAGAAAUCCAGUUUUAAAGUUUCCGUGUAUUCAUUAAGUUCAGAUUUUAUUGUAAACCAGAUUGCUUUUAAAAGGAAAACUUUAUUUUAGCUGAAAAACUAUUUCAAAAAUACAAUUUAAAUUUUUAAAAAUUCAAUUUUUAAAACAAAUCCAUAUCUACAUUGGGGAUAUGCACCCCAGUGCACCAUUAAAUUCAUAUAUACAUUGUGUGUGUGUGUGGGGGGGUAGAUUUCAAGGAGGGGAAGGCUACAUGGGCAUAGGUGGGUGGGAUCCACAUGUCUAGUCAUAGAGACAGGGGAGAAAAGGAGCUGAGAUAUGAAGAUGUUGAGACCACUGAUAGGCUUUUAGUGAUUCGGACUAGGACAAAUGAGGAGGAUGUUUUUGGUAGAAGUGAGGGAAAUAUCUGCAGGUGAAAAGCCUUUCUCUUUCAUCUCCCUCGCAGGUGUGGAAAGACCUCUGUCUCACUUCCUAGACCAUCCCCUCUGGAACCUUCCUAGACCAUCCCAUAGGAACAUCUGCUAUGCAAUCAGUGCAGAAGGAUUUCCAGUGCCUAAACCUGACCUCAUUUCCUGGCUGGAAGAAGAGGAACAUACAUUUAUCCAGGACUUUGAGGAAGAGGAGAGAUCAACAGGUAUUCACUUUGGUGAUAGGCAGAUCCAUGGGAAUUACAGAAAUUUAUCUGCAGUGUCAUUGGAAAUAUCUGAGGAAAUACCUGAGGCCUUUGGAAAUGAAGGGGGACCCAGGAGGCAGGAGGGGAACCAAGCGGAGGACUGGAGGAGUAACUCCAUCGUUUGCCAGGAUGAGGACUUCCAUGAAAUCCUGAUCCAAGAAGAAUAUUAUGAAGGAGAAACAAGGAACAUGUGCCCCUUAUGUGGGAAAAUAUUCAGUUGUAAAUCCGGCUUGAAUAGACAUUUCAGAAUUCACACCGGAGAGAAACCCUAUAAGUGCUUGGAGUGUGGAAAGAGAUUCCGUGAGAGCACGUACCUAACUUCCCAUCAAAGAAUUCACACAGGGGAGAAAUUGUAUAAAUGCUUGGAGUGUGGAAAAAACUUGAGUCAUAGCAUAUGCCUUACUUUGCAUCAAAGAAUCCACACAGGAGAUAAACCGUAUCAGUGCAUGGAAUGUGGAAGGAGCUUCAGGCAGAGAUCACAACUUGCUAGACACCAGAGAAUCCACACUGGGGAGAAACCAUAUCAGUGCUUUGAAUGUGGAAAGAGCUUCAGGCAGAGAGUCCAACUUGCGAGACAUCAGAGAAUCCACACAGGGGAGAAACCAUAUGAAUGCUUGGAGUGUGGAAAGAGCUUCCGUCAGAUAUCACACCUGACUUUCCACCAAAGAAUUCACACGGAGGAUAGACCAUAUUCAUGCUCAGAGUGUGGAAAGGGCUUCAAACGAAGCACAGACCUUACUAAACAUCAGAGGAUCCACACAGGGGAGAAGCCGUAUAAAUGCUCUGAUUGUGGCAAGAGCUACAGACAGGCGGCACAUCUUUCUUCACAUCAAAAAAUCCACUCCAGAGAACCCAUAAGGCAUCCAAGAAACCACAAAAAUGGUUUGCAACUGAAGCUUUUGUAAUAACAUAUCACAUUUUUGUGUGUUAUUUUAGGGGUGUUGCCUAUUUAAAUUAAUAUUAGAUUAGAUGGUUAGUCACAUGUAUUCAAUUCCAGUUAUUUAAAUCGGUGUAUGUUUAUAUAUGAAUAAAAUAAUUCUUCUGAA